AUGGCAAGAUAUGCCGCAGGUGAACAUCGGUACCCUCGGUCCCACCCGUAUUCAGAUGGCGUUACGGCGAGUAACGUAAGGGUGAGAGAGGCGCAUUUCUCUGCGGGUGUGAAUGUCGUCGUGAGAGGGCCGAGGUUAAUCGUUAAGGCAAUGUCCUCAGCGCUCGUGGUUGUUGGUACCGACAUGUUGGACACUGAUAGCUGCCCAGAAUAUGUGUUGCGUACAUCAACGACGAUUCUGGAGUUGGGAAGCUGGGUUGGUUCUGAGAGACAAGGUUGA